CACUUCUGAGUAUGACGUUUACGGAAGACAACGUGCUGCUCUCGCGAUAUUUAGGCACAACCGUGGAGUUUUGGAAAUCAAGGGUUGUGGCUGAGGGGGUGAAUAACAGGAAUUCCUUAAUAUGAGUGAUGAUAAACCCUUCCAAUGCACUGCUCCUGGGUGUGGACAGAGAUUCACAAAUGAAGACCACUUGGCUGUCCACAGACACAAACAUGAGAUGACACUAAAGUUUGGCCCAGCAAGGAAUGACAAUACUAUUAUUGCUGACCAAACCCCGACACCUACUCGCUUUUUGAAGAACUGUGAGGAAGUCGGGCUCUUCAAUGAGCUUGCAAGUCCUUUUGACCAUGACUUCAAAAAGGCAGCUGAAGAUGACAUUAAAAAGUUACCCCAGGAUUUGUCACCUCUUGCUACACCUAUCAUACGCAACAAAAUUGAGGAGCCCGCGCCUAUAGAUGUACAUCGGGACAGUCCGCUGCCUCACCCCGAGUCAACUACAAAUGAUGACAAGGACUUAUCUUUGCAGCCAGCUUCACUGCCAACAUCCACUAUAGUCCAUCCUGCUUCCCUUCAAGUUCCCAAUGUACUUCUAGCAACCACAGAGGCUAAUGUUGUAAUACAGCAAGCUCUCCCAUCGCCAACAUCUAGCUCUGUUAUAACCCAAGUCCCAUCCACUAAUAGGCCUAUAGUCCCAGUGUCUGGCACCUUCCCUGUGCUCUUACAGUUGCCUAAUGGUCAGACCAUGCCAGUUGCUAUACCUGCAUCUAUUACAAGCUCAAGUGUACAUAUUCCAACUACAAUCCCUCUUGUCAGACCUGUCACCGUAGUGCCUACCGUCCCCGGAAUCCCUGGACCGCCCUCACCCCAGCCUCAGCCCGUCCAAUCAGAAGCAAAGCUGAAACUGAAAGCCACGUUAAGCCAGCAGCUUCCUCAGGUAACCAAUGGAGAUGGUGGUGAAGUCCAAAGUAGCUCUGUAACCCAUACUGCUACUCCUGCUUCUCCUGCCCCAACCCCGGCUCCAGCCCCAGCUGCGAUUCUUACUCCGGCUCCUCACCUGCCCACAACUGAGGAACUCUCCACACAUUCCCUCCAGCAGCCAGCCACCUCCACCACAGAGACUCCUGCUUCCCCCGCACCACCUGCGCAAAACCCUCCAAGCACAGGGGGCCGGCGGCGCAGAACCACAAGUGAAGACCCUGAUGAAAAGCGGCGCAAGUUCCUGGAGCGUAACAGGGCUGCAGCUUCUCGCUGUAGGCAGAAAAGGAAAGUGUGGGUCCAGUCUCUGGAGAAGAAGGCUGAUGACCUCGGCUCCAUGAAUGGACAACUACAGAAUGAAGUCACCCUGCUGAGAAACGAAGUGGCUCAGCUGAAGCAGCUUCUUCUGGCUCAUAAAGAUUGCCCUGUAACCGCCAUGCAGAAGAAAUCUGGCUAUCACAUCUACGACAAAGAAGAAAGCUGCGAAGAGAUGUCCGUCCCCAGCAGCCCCCAGAAUGAGGCCAUCCAGCACAGCUCUGUCAGCACCUCCAACGGGGUCAGCACCUCCUCCGCAACCCCGGUCAUCUCCGCCCCAUCCGGCGCCGCCACUGUCCCGGUGGCAUCAAACCAGAGCACAGAGGAGAACCAGCCACGGAGGGGCGCCACCCAGUCCAAAGCUUCAGGGAGCUGAUCAUCCCAAACUGUGUCCGAGCAUCCACAUUGGAGCUCUGCUGCCUCUUCAAUCUCUCUGAUUAACAGAGGAAAGGGAUUCUUUCUCAGCUUCAGUUCGGACCAUACAGUUUUUUUAAUUGAUUCUUUAUUGCUUUGUUUUAUGUUUGGUCCAUUUUGUACCUGAUAGGCAAUGCUUUUAAAGAUGCAAUGUUUUCUCUGGAAUUGAUGAAGACAAAAGAACGGGCACUUUAAGUGUAAGAUGUAAAACACGUGGUUUUUAAAUGUUUUUUGUAUUUGUGUGAUUUAUUUAUUAAUCUUAUGUAUAUAUUUUUUUUUAUUUGAGAGCAAUCAGCUGAAGCAGUUGAAUUGUUAGUGACCUUACCAAAGUGUGAUGUGUCUCAUUUGUAGUUUAUUUGCUUAUUUAUUUUCAUGACUUUUUACAAGCACUAUCUUUAUGAUGAAGUUACUUAAAGAAUACUUGUUUUUUCUUCUUUUUGUAAUUUGCUUUUUCUAUUUUGCACAUGUUUGAGUGACUGGUUUAAUUUUUAAAGACUUAAUCAAGCACCGGCAGCUUUUUUUAGACGUAGGGUUUGGGUACUGUCAUGUGACACAGACGGUUGAAUCCGAUCUUUGAAUUUGAACAUUUUUCUGAGCGAUAUUAACAGUAGUCACACUGCAGUCUGAAUGUUUGGGCUCACCUCUGCAUGUUCAGUAGUCUCAUGGAAGUGAGCUGAUUAGAUAUGCGUGCUUUUUCAUUAGCAUUCCAUCUGUAGUCUGAUUGUUCCUGAAGCAGUGAUUGUAGGAUUGCAGUACUUUUCCCAUUACUCAAUCAUGGUGAUGUUGACUUCAUUCAGUGCCAUUAAUGUUUUUGUAUAAAUUACUUCUGUACAUUUUUAAAGCAGAGUAGCUUGAGUUGAUUGCUGUUCUCUCAGAUUAAAAUGGUCCCAUGAACAUAAUUGCUCUGUAGAGGAGAUUUUCUUGCUUUGUAUACUGUCUUUGCUUUAUAAGUGACUAUGGCUUUAGCAUCUUAUGCAGAACAAUUAAGGACAUUAAUCUGUUUUCAUGAUUACAAUUCUACACAACAUUUUUAGAAACCAUUGUAAAUGCCAUUGAUGCUACAUUGUAUAUGAUCUUUCUUGAUAUUACGUGUUUUGUUUUUAUAGGAUUGUCUGGAUUCCAUAGCUGAGCCCUUCUGAUCACAUUAACUCUGUUAGCAGUCAUAGACUGACUCUCAUAAGGGUGCAUCUCUUUCUGACUCAGUAGUUUGUAAAAUGAAAGAAUUCAGAUGUGAACUGGAAUCACAUCAUAAACAUUAGUUACACUACAGCUCUAAGAAUUGUGAGAAUUUCAUCCUUGAUAUAAUUGUAAGAAAAUAAAUCACAUCUUGAAGUCAGUUUGCCUUUUCUCCUCAUCUGUACUGGCUUACUACUGUGUAGUUUUACAAAAAUGGCUAACACAUUGUUUUCUUAAAAUGUGAUUUUUAAAGUUUUAUUGUUAUGUGCUAUCUGCAUGAGAUAACAAUUCUCUGCGAGAAUUUAACUGUUUAUUUAAAAAUGUCUCAACUAAGAAAAUGAAGUUAAAACAACAUGAGUUGUGAAAGCUGUGGUGAUUUGUUUUACCCUGGCUUUACGGCUAAAAAUGGGGCGUGAUAACUGUGUUAAAAGUGUACCUGUAACGUGAAAGUUCUGUUAUAAAUUUUACAUUGAGAAGUUGUAAUAAACCUUUUAAUAACUCUUUAAAA